AUGCGGCUGCAAUCACGGGUCGUCCAUCAUCCCAAUCCAGACCAGAGAUUUCCACUCUUCUCCUCAAAGAAGACCGGUCACCGAUUCAUCCGUUGCAGCCCUUUGAUUCGUCUCCUCCUGGAUCUCCGCCUGAAAAUGCGACCACCCACUUUUGCACAAGGUCACGCCUUUAGUCACACUUUCCCCCAACCUUUGUACAGCACUCCAACCACCGGUUCUCAGCAAACAAGCCACAACGGUGGCAAAUAUCAGCAUUCAAGUACUAAUGCUGGCUACCAGAAUUCAAACCACAGUUCCUUGUAUCAGUCAACCGGUCAGCUCACCUCUAAUCAGCAAACCGGUACACCCACCGGCUAUCCCCCACGCCCAACUGUCAAUAAUUUCUCAACGGAUCCAACCACCACCUAUCAGCAUACUGGCACCUGCCCGCCACACCCAAAUUCCAAUCAUCGGCCAACAGAUCUACCCGCCCCAACCUACAAUUACAACCAGGGAAGCUCAGCGGGGCCGCACUUGAAACCGACACCCCCCAACCACAUUGACCUUUCUAAUGAUUCUCCAUCUCCCGAGAAUACCACCCGGACUGGAUACUAUGUCUUUCCUGAUUACCCGUCUAUCGAUUAUAUCAACAAUUUAUUGCGCAAUCCCAACCUAUCAUAUGCCGAUCGCUUCCUUUUAGAAGCCGCUCGAAAGGGGAAGGAAAUGCGUCAGGAAAACUUGAGUAAUCUUUCUUUUGAUGGAUCCAGCCAACGUACCCAAGAAAUAGAUACUACUAUUCAAGUCUCGCCUCCAGUAAACCAAUCGUCCAAGUCUGCUCUUUCGCAGCCACCAAUCACAUCUUCCUUUGACCAGCCAGCCAGGUUUCAGACCUCCCCUCUGGUAAACCAAUUCUCACAAAGCACUCGAACAACCCCAUUGUCAUCUGCAGCUACCUCUUGCAAGCCAACGGCCAAAAAGAAUCGAAUUGAAGACUCUUUGACUGCUCUCCCGACAAGCAAACAGCCGUCGAAAUCUCGAAUACCAGCGCUCAACCUUCCUGCCGAGAAACCUGCCACAAUAUCCGCGGUGUCAGACCUUCCUGCAAACAGAUCAAUAGCGUCGACAAACACAACCUUCAAUUCAAUCCAGGCAUGGCCAGGGAAAACUGCUGUUGGCCUAGAAGCUGCCGGUUUGACCCUUCGAUUGAAGCUCGACCACCCUGAUAUCUCUGUGCUUGAUUUCUGCGGGAAACCUUCGGACAUGAAAAAUGGCCAAUUGCAACGCAUUUUGACUGCAUUCGGUGCUGGUGAGGUGGAACUGAUCAACACCAAUCCAAAGGAGGCUCCACCUGCAACUUUGGGUGCUGAUUUAACCUCAUCAAAGAGGGUCAAGCAAUCAGCAAAGACGGUCAAGUCAAAUCCAACCACCAAACAAACUCCAAAAUCCUCAAAAGCCACGAGAUCAAAAUCGGCUAAUGUCAAGCUGCGAUCAAAACCAACUUCAAAACUGUCAACCAACCAAGCCCCUCCCAAGAAAAAGCGAAAAAUGGCUGGAUCGCGUUUCCGCUCCCCAACGACGAAAUUUGGAAGCCUGAUUACCAAUUGCCACGCCGACAACCCUUCACCCCGAAUUUCCUCAAGGCAACGUCUGCUCAAACAUUCCCCCGCGCUCCGCCUCCACAGCCACGUAACUGUCAUCCCGCCCAUCGCCCGUCCCACUGCCCCAAACCACCGCUGA